CUCUGAGCGCGGAGGGCGGCUCCAGGGGUCCAGAAUGCGGUGCUGGGGUGUCCCGACCUCUCCCGAGAGAGCGCGCCAGGAGGGCUCCGGCUGGGGGGACCCGAGGGUCUCGGAUCGGGUUCUGGUCGGGGUGGUCUGGAAUCUUCUCUUUACGGAAGGGGAUCUUCUCAGGGCUGUGGAAUAUUUCCCCUUAGGAAGGAGGAUCCUGCUAAGGGGUUUUGGCCACGUGAUCUUUCCUCUUAGGACAGGGGAUCCCAUCAGAGCCUCAGCACAGCCAAUGUGUGUCACCAUGCCCGGCCACGGCAGCGCCAGCCUCCCGCCCGAGGAGCGCGUCCGGCGGCUGAUCCAGGCGGGGAGCAGCGUGGAGGUGAGCGAGGACAUCCCCCCGCGGCGCUACUUCCGCUCGGGCGUGGAGAUCCUGCGCAUGGCCACCGUCUACUGCGAGGAGGGCAACAUCGAGCACGCCUUCAUCCUCUACAACAAAUACAUCACGCUCUUCAUUGAGAAGCUGCCACAGCACCGUGAUUACAAAACUGCCGUCAUUCCCGAGAAGAGGGAGACGGUCAAAAAACUGAAGGAAGUAGCCUUUCCCCGAGCCGAAGAGCUCAAGGAGGAGCUGUUAAAGAGGUACGCCAAGGACUAUGCUAAAUACAAGGAGCAGGAGCAGCUGGAAGAGGAGAAGACUCGGGUAGCCCUAAUGAAGCAGCAGCAGGCAGAGCAAGAGCAGUUCCAUGCCUUUGAAGAGAUGAUCCGGCAGCAGGAGCUGGAGAAGGAACGCCUGAGGAUAGUGCAGGAAUUUGGAAAGCCAGAGCCAAGUCCCGAGUCUCUGGAUGGACCCCUUGUUCCUGGCGUGGAAAAGCCCCCAACUGAUUUAAUCCCAAGGGUUCCAGUCUCUCCUGUUCACCCAGCAAGCCCAUCAGCAGUGACUAUCCCAUCCAAACCUCCUGUUGUGGACAGAUCUUUGAAGCCCAGUACUUUGGGAAGCACAGAAAACAAUGCAGGUGUGGAUGCCCUGCGCCAGGUCAUUGUCCCCAGGGAGCUGUGCCAAAAAUUCCUGCAGCUGGCUGAUGCCAACACAGUGCGGGGUGUGGAGACCUGCGGGAUCCUCUGCGGGAAGCUGAUGAGGAAUGAGUUCACCGUCACACACGUCAUCAUCCCCAAGCAGCUGGGAGGCCCUGAUUCCUGCACCACUGAGAAUGAGGAGGAGCUUUUCAUCAUCCAGGACCAGCAUGGCCUCGUCACACUGGGCUGGAUCCAUACUCAUCCCACACAGACAGCCUUCCUGUCUAGCGUGGACCUGCACACCCAUUGCUCCUACCAGAUGAUGCUGCCAGAGUCCAUCGCUAUYGUGUGUUCUCCCAAAUACCAGGAGACAGGGUUUUUCAAGCUGACAGAGCAUGGCCUGGAAGAGAUCUCAGCCUGCCGGCAGAAGGGGUUUCACCCACACUCCAAAGACCCCCCUCUCUUCACGACCUGCAAUCACGUGUCAAUAGUCGAGGGGGAUGUGGUCCUGAUGGAUCUCCGAUAAGCCUCUUGCCUUAUCCCUUCACAGGAACCAUCCACCUUYCUUUAGACCUAGGGAAUUUGUUUUCUUCCUCCUGUAGCAGAUGUUUUCUACCUUGUAGUGAUCCCUYCCCUCCCUUCCCUGUGGUGGAACUGGAUCCCUGCCCUCAGUGGGAGCACCUGUGACCUCAGUGCCUGGCAUGGGGCUGGCAGAUAGGCCCAGGCUCAAGGUGUGGGAAAAAGCUGGGAACUCAGAGACAGAAGCCAACACUAAUGCAGUUGUAGAACUCUAAUCCAUGGUUGAACGGCCUCCUGGAGARGUUCCCUGUGACUUGCUGCAACCGUGAGGUGUGGAAAUCUCUUCAAGUGCUUUUGGGACUUGACCARUUUAACCCAUGCCCUGUUUUGUCCCUCUUUCUGGGUUGCUUGGUCUCAGCAGAGCUUCCAGGAGCAGAUAAAUCUUUCCUGAAGUUUAAAAUCAAACCUUGCUGAUCCCUCUCACGCCCACACGAUCUCAGUGCUGCUUCUGCUUCCUGGUACUUGUGUGUCUGCCUGGGGAGGGAAGAGGGUCCAACCUCCUCUGGGAUCUCUCAGCAUUUCAUGGCUGAAGAUGCCUGCAUGUGGCCCUCCUUUGCACCAGCUGCCUCAUCCCAGCAGUGUUUAGGGGUGUCUGGAGAUUGUGUCCAUUUUGGGGGAUCCACCGAYGUUACCAUGGAGGAGCUCAGUCUCCUGGCUGCCAUCACUGCUCCAAGAUGGGAUUCCAGCAGCUUUGACCACUUCCAUCCUCAAAGAUCCCUGUGCCUGAUUGUCUGUGUACAUCCAAAAGCAGCAGGAAGCCUGUUCCUGCCAAAUGCAAGCGCUUCAUGACGUCGCWGUUGUGCGCGACAGAGCUGGGACUCUCCUCCGAGGUGCUUUAGUCGGGUGCCAAGCAGAGAUUUUCCUUCCCUGUGCUCCCUGCUGAGCCCCAGCCCUCAGCGGGGAGGGAAGCAGCAGCAUUCCAAGGUGGAAGGCAGCUGUGCUGAGGGCUGAGUGAUCCACAUCCCCACAUCCCUCUCAGGAUGGUCAGCACAUGGCURUGCGGGGAGGGGAAGAGGCUGGAGCUGCCUUCCCACCUGGCAUGCAAACAUCCGUGUCCUUAUGUCGUGUCCUUGUACAUCCAGCACCCCGUGGUGUUCCCUUUAACACACAUGGAUUGGAUUAUCGAGGCUGGGCCUCCUGUGCCACUUGUUUUCUUUGAGCUCUCUCCGUGGGUUGGGGGCCUAGCUCAGAGGGAAUCCAUUUCUUUGGGGGUUGGUGUGUUUGUGGCAGCCCCUGCGUGACAAGUGCUGCUCCCAUCUUUUCCCCAGUCACAUUCUGGAACAGGCUGGCCCCAGGGGUGGGAGGCGAGCGAGGGGCCUUCAGGGCACCUCUGGGARCUCAUUUUCAGACCUAAUUAAUUUAAACCAUGCUCAGAAGGGUUUUGCAGUUUCCAUGUAGGAUUGUUCAUCCCACAGCUCUCCACAGCACAGAGCAGCUCUUCACCCUGAGGGCUCCCCCACAGCCCCUUGUGGGGACACAAGGUGGAAAAACACAUCUUGCAAAGCAGCAAUUCCUUCAGAUUGGUUUGGAAUAUCACAAGGAAUUUAUCCCAGCUCCYCAUCCCUGCAGGUGUCAGGUGUAAACUGGCUCCAGCACCCACUGGGAAGAGGAGCUGGUGGCACAUCACUACUCUUGGYUUUCUCAAUGACUGAGAAACGUUCCCAGAGAAUUUUGCACAUUUCUUGGAGCAGGGAGUUCCUCAGGUCAGGGGCCAGCUGCUACCUUCCUCCCAGCGCUGCUCCCUGAGCUCCCUGCUUUUUCAUCACAUUUUUUCACUACAAGUCCUUGAGUCAUGGCUUUGUGGGUCAGUGAAUGUCAAUGUUCUGGCACUGCUCCCCCAUCCCACAAACCCACCCUGGCUCCCCAGCUGUGCUAGAUGACUGUUACACCUUAAAAUCACCAAAAUGAGAUUGGCUUCAGGAGAAGCUGAACGCGAAUAUAAACUA